CCAAGUGGAAAAAGAAGUUGUGUAGAGUUACCCGCUCUGAAUGGCCACAAAACGGCAAUAAACAUGCCUUCAAAUGGGAGGAAUAAAGGAGGAAAAAAGGCGACGCCUUUUCUUAUCUGGACAAUGGCUUAACCUCGCUGUUGUCUUCUAGGUCGUCAUGUGCUGCCAAGUUCGACCGAAGGGCGCUGUUUCUGAACUGUGCCUGCCGUCCAGACGCUGAGCCUCAGCCGCUGGUAGGAAGAUGGUGCGCAAUUACAUACGCAAGACAGAGAGAGGCAGUACACCUCCAGAUAUUAUGCUGAGAGCAGUGAGGCAGGUGAAACUGCAGAACAGAACGAUAAGAAGCACAGCAAAGGAGUUUGGAAUACAUUACCGCACUUUAUGUCGAUACUGCAGAAAGUUCACUGUGGAGGAGAUUGAAGGGAGACAGACGGAGCCAACCACAACUGUGGGUUACAUUAAAAACAAACUAAUCCUACCUCUCGAGCUGGAAGAGCACCUGGUAAAAUAUAUAUCCAAAGAAACAGAUGUAUAUUAUGGCCUCUCACCAAAAGAAACACGAAAACUUGCUUACCAGUUUGCAGUUGCUCACAAUAUCAAGGUGCCAAAGGUGUGGUCUGAUAAUGAACAGGCAUCUGCUGAGUGGUUCACAGGCUUCUUAAAAAGGCACACAACAAAUGCAGUAAGAACAGCAGAAGCGACAAGCCUACCAGGAGAUAAUAGUAGACCCGUGUCCGCCAUCGAAAACAGCAGUGAAGUUCCAUUCAGUACCAGCCCAGUGUCCACCAAUGAAUCCAGCACUGAAGCUCCAGGCAGUGCCAACCCAGUGUCCACCACUGAAUGCAGCAGUGCAGCUCCAGCCAAUACCAGCCCAGCGUCCACCACUGAAAGCAGCAGCAAAGCUUCAUCUGGGAAUAAAAGUGUAUCCGUGCCAAGCACCAGAUCCAUGCCAGUUUUUCCAUCCCUAGAAUAUCUGAGGUCAUUACCCAGAUCUGGUGCAAGGAAAACUGUUAAACGUAUAGCGAGAAAAUAUGUAAUUUUGAAUGACACACCAGUGAAGGAAGAGCUGGAGCAGGACAGGGCAAAGUCUUCACAAAGAACAGAGGAGAAAAUUCUCCCAGGACAAAAGACAAAGAGGGCUGUGGAAAAGAGAGAAGUUAUGUUUGAUGAGCUAUCAGAGGAAGCUGAUUGCUUUUGUCUGGUAUGCCUUGGACCGUUCUCCAGCAGUGGAACCUGCCAGCCAUGGGUUAGGUGCUGCAGAUGCCAAAAUUUGUCCCAUGAAGCUUGCACAUCAGAGUAUCGCGUUAUACUCUGCCACAACUGUGGUUCAUUUGAUUCUGACUCGGAAUAACCAACAAUCGGAGUUAUCACCACACGGUAAAACCUGAUAAGUUCAGUAAACUCAAAUGGUUUGAGGAAACCGAUUGCCUUAAACCAUAUAAGUACCUCUCAAAUCAUUUGACCAUAAAUCAUUUCCUGAACUGCAUUUCCUGAGUAUGAACAUCACACUUUUUUGUUGUUGUAUAAACUUAAGUACAUUGAGUAAACUGGACUAACUCCGUUCAUUCUGUUGAUUUUCAUAUGACUGAGUAUUUUGGACUUAUAGGACAUCCAGGAGUCGUGUCACAGUAACUUAAAUUCACUUCCUUCACCCAGAUCUUGAGUUAAGUUGAACUAACUAGUUAAAAAAACGCUAUGCUAUAAUUGUGACAAAUUCAUACUGUAUUGCAGAAACCUAUAUGUCCAUGUUUUUUUUUAAAAGAAGGCCGGAUCAUACCGCGUGAAAAUAUAUAUAUAUAAAAUACCUGAGGGCUGAAAUAUUCUUUACAAAUUCAUUAAAAUACUGAGUUAUCAAAAUA